AUGCUGUUGGUAUAUGACACCAGAUUAAGCACAACAGGCAUUAUGGGAGAUGACUACAUGGCAAACACUCACCAGGUAUUAAUUUAUGUGUUUAUUGUACCCAUUUCAGUUGAAGAACUGCAAAAACAACUGCAGAGGGCACUGAAUCCGAUACCAAAUAUUCCCCCUCCUCCUCCACCACCACCGCCACCUCCGCCCCCACUGCCUCCUGUAUCCAGUAAUCCAAUACGGUCCUUGAUGUCAAUCAUUCGCAAGAAACCUCAUGCAAGUCAGAAUGCAGAGACACAGAAGACUGCACAGCAAGGAUCAGACAGUUUACCUGAUCUAAAGAAACAAGCUGUGGAUGAAAUGAUGGCAAGAAUUAAGAAAGGAAUUAACCUCAGACCAGUCAACCAAGCAAGUAGGACUAAAGAAAUGACUGUGAAUGUCAAAUCUCCUGACAGUGCUGUACAACAACUUAAAGUAAUACUGCAUCAGGAUCUGACUUUGGAGGCCUUCUGCAGCAGUAUUGAAAUUUCCUCUUCUGCUGUCCUUGAAUUGGAGACCUCUAGGUCACCAGUUAAGAGCAGAGGACCCAUUCUGCCAGAAGAAAACCAGGAGACUGAGUUAGAAAAAAUCCUGCGGCGCAGAAAAAUUACAACAGAACAAGGAGAGUCUUCUGAUGUAGUUGAGUCAGAUUCCAGAUCGUCUUCUGGCCUACCCAAAUAUAACUUUGAAAGAUCACUCACCAGGCAAAAAUGUAUAAAGCGGACCAAAGAUCAAGAGACUGAAAGAGGUGACACAGUGUCUUUAAGUAAUGAAAGAACAGCUGAGCCGAUCAGCAAUGGAGGAACAACUGCAAGCAACAUCGUAAGCAGCUGCAGUGAGACUAGCAUUUCUUCAGAGCAUCAAGGCCCUACUACAAGUGAAGCGUAGUCCUCCAUGUUGUACUUGCAAUGCAACAUAUGGACCUUGGAAGAUCCCGAAAGAGAGUGAACAUAUUUCUUCAUUACAGUUCUGGACUUUUUUUUUUUUUUUUUUUUAAGUGCAUCUCUGAGGUGAACAAAAGUGUUUAUUUAAGGGGCAAAUUUCUUUUCCACAAACCAGAUGUUAAUGGAGAGAUAUUGUUUACUCUUUAAUAACUGGAGUUCUAUUACUUCCACAAAUAUUUGGGUGAUAAUUUGCCAAACAGGUGUUAGAUUGUUUUGUUUUUUUUUUAAUCCCGAAAUGCUUAUGUACUCCCAAGUAUUUUUAUUAUCCAUGGGAUAGUGAUACAUUUGCCAAACUUGAAUGAAAAUAAUUUAACUUACCUCACUCACUGAUGGAUGUGGGCCUUAAGUUUGGACCUUUCCAUGCCCAAAAAUAAAUUGCUGAAGUCAUACUCUAUAGUCCUGCUUUGACAAAUGUGGCAUCCCUUAAGGAAUUAUGGUCUGAAGCAAGCACAGCAUGAGUGCUUUUCCUGCCUGUUUUGGGGAUAGCUAGAUGUUUAUACUAGGUAGCUGACUGGAAAAAUGUUAUGCCUAAUUAAUUUUUACAUAAACUUGUUCAAUUACAUGGUUUUAAAAAAAGUAUAUAGUGCAUUUUUAAAUGACCAGUGUCCUCUGGUAGUGUUGCCACUCUCUUUAAAUUAAGGCUUCUUCUGCUCUGAGCUAAAUAUCAGACUUUAAUGCUGCUUUUUGGAUUUCAAACUCCGAUUAUUUUGUUAUUUUAUUUUUUGUUUUAAUUUUAUGAUGUGCAAAAAUGUAGUAAAUAUUUAUCAUUGAUAUAGACCUAAGAACUAAGGUAACAUUCUACUUUACAUUCCUAGGUACACGUGACUAAUUCUUGAAUUAUUGCCUUAAUUUCAUACAGUAAUUCUUAACCUAGAAGUCAACCUACUUCCUUCGCACUCUAUGCCUCUGUGUUGUUUACAGAUAGGUUCUACAGCAGGGAGUAGCAGUCUAUGUGUCAGUAUGUAAAAAUAUUUCUGAUUUUGCAUUGUAUAUUUUUGGUCCUGUAUAUAUAAAUUUCUUUGUACAGUACAAA